UAUUUGUUGAGCGUCCAUUGAGCUCUAGGCACUGUGUUAAGCACUGGCUAUACCCCCCAGGAGUAGGAGGGCAAAGGCCUGCUUUCUAGUAGUCUACAUUGUGGUGGGGAGACCGAAAAUUAAAAAAUACAUGGAAAUGAGAAAAUUAAUACAUGGGAAAGAAUUUCAUAUGAUCACUGGCGAGACUGUGUAAUAGGGUGAUAUGAACAGUGCUUUUUCAGUCCCUGUUUCACAACUGAUCUGGGGUGCUGCAGAGCAGAGCUGGGCCUCUGCUCCAUUUUGGGAAUGAAACUCCUGAAGUCCAUUGAAGGAAGAUGCACCAGGCCUGCCAUACACCUCUCGGUUGGGGUAUCUCUAAGAAAAGUGAUAAUAGCAGCUCUUUGAAGAUGGCAGUGAACGUGUACUCAACGUCGGUCACCAGCGAUAACCUCAGUCGACAUGACAUGCUAGCCUGGAUCAAUGAGUCUCUGCAGUUGAAUCUGACAAAGAUUGAACAGUUGUGCUCAGGGGCUGCCUAUUGUCAGUUUAUGGACAUGUUGUUCCCUGGCUCCAUUGCCUUGAAGAAAGUGAAAUUCCAAGCUAAGCUAGAACAUGAAUACAUCCAGAACUUCAAAAUACUGCAAGCAGGUUUUAAGAGGAUGGGUGUUGACAAAAUAAUUCCUGUGGACAAAUUAGUAAAAGGAAAGUUUCAGGACAAUUUUGAAUUCGUUCAGUGGUUCAAGAAGUUUUUUGAUGCAAACUAUGAUGGGAAAGAGUAUGACCCUGUAGCUGCCAGACAAGGUCAAGAAACUGCAGUGGCCCCCUCCCUUGUUGCUCCCGCUCUGAACAAACCGAAGAAACCUCUCAGCUCUAGCAGUGCAGAUGAUAGUCCAAUCAUGGCUAAAAUUGCUCCACAGAGGCCCAUUGCAACACACAGAACUACUGCAACCCCCAAGGCUGGCCCAGGUGUGGUGCGGAAGAAUCCUGGUGUAGGGAAUGGAGAUGACGAAGCAGCUGAGCUGAUGCAGCAGGUCAGCGUAUUGAAGCUUACUGUUGAAGACUUGGAGAAGGAGAGAGACUUCUGUUUUGGAAAGCUGAGGAACAUUGAGUUGAUUUGCCAGGAGAACGAGGGGGAGAACAACCCUGUGCUGCAGAGGAUCGUGAACAUUCUCUACGCCACAGACGAAGGCUUCGUGAUACCUGAUGGGGGCCCACAGGAGGAACAAGAAGAGUAUUAAUAGCCUGGACCAGCCGAGCAACAUCCGAAUUCUUCACUCCAAAUCAUGUGCUUAACUGUAAAAGACUCCCUUUUAUUAUUCUUAGAGGACUCACUGGUUUCUUUUCAUAAGCAAAAAGUACCUCUUCUAAAAGUGCACUUUGCAGAAGUUUCACUCCUUUUCCAAUAAGUUUUGAGUUAGGAGC